GUCCUCGCGCCGAGGCAGGAACCGUUGGGACUGAACCGUGAGUGCGCGUGUGAACCGUCACCAGUGAUCAUUUCAUUCCUGAUGAAGGGCUUUUGCCUGAAACGUCGAUUUCGCUGCUCGUUGGAUGCUGCCUGAACUGCUGUGCUCUUCCAGCACCACUGAUCCAUUGCUGAAGUCCUGCUGCCUGUGGAGAAGGUGAUGUUUGACCUCCUUGUUCUGCUGCAGUUCAUGUGGUGAAGGGACUCUCACUAUGCGGUUAGGUGCAGGUGAGAAACAUUCCUCACAGUGUGACUGUGUACAGCCGAGGGGAGAACACGAGACUGGCCCAGCCCAGAGACCACGUUACGUUUACCGGCAACUUCCUCACCAUGAUGUGGACCAGCUUCAGGCAGGUAGUUCAGUAAAUAUCAUGACAAUUGUGAUUCUAUACCAGAGGAAGUGUGGACUUUCCACCUGCACCACUUACUAUCUGACGGCUAUGGCAACAUCUGACCUGCUGAUCAUUGUUACUGAAGUCAUAUUCCGACGUAUCAAUUAUCAUUAUUUCCCAGUAAAUUUUCUGAACAUCACACCUGUGUGCACGGGUAUCUAUGUCCUUCUUCGAACGGCAUUAGACUGUUCUGUUUGGUUUACCACUGCUUUCACUUUUGAUCGAUUUGUUUUCAUUUGUUGUUCAAGACUGAAGACUAAAUAUUGCACAAAGAAAACUGCAGCUGCGGUUAUCUCAACAAGUGUAAUUCUGUUCUACCUGAAAAACAUUCCAAUCCACUUUAGAUUUAAACCUGCCAUGAUAAUCAAAAAUAUACCAUGGUUCUGCUCGAAUAAAUGGAGUUAUAAUACUGACCCGAGAUGGAUUGGAUUUAGGAUGUUCGAAAAGGUAUUAACACCAAUGAUACCAUUCUUUUUAAUUCUGUUACUCAACUCUCUUACAGUCAGAUUCAUUUUCGUGGCCAGUCGAGCCCGUAAGGCACUGAAGUGUCAGAGAAAAGGAGGAGAUCUCAGAGACACAGAAAUGGAAAGCAGAAGAAAUUCUGUGAUUUUGUUGUUCACCAUAUCAGGCAGUUUCACUCUUCUGUGGUUGGUUUAUGUUCUGUACAUUUUUGGUGUAUUUCGCGCCAUUGAUCCAUUCGGUAUACGUGUGCAUGUCGCAUAUAUGCUGCGGAACUUAAAUUGCUGUACAAACACAUUUCUUUACGUGGCGACACAGUCCAAGUUCAGAAAACAGGUGAAGAGUCUCCUAAUGUAUCCAAUUGCAUCAGUUGUUGAUCUAUUUACAAAGCUUUAAAUCCCAGCAUGUGAAGCCUUGGAUUUCUUUUUCUGUUCUCAAGUCAAAACGGUAGAAUUAGCUGGAAUGGGUGGUAUCAAUCCUCUGCUGAAACAGUAGUUUUAUUUUAAGUUUUUCAGUUUUGCUGAGAUCUUAAACCAGGGUAUGGAACUGCCAUUCAUCGCUCCGUGCUACUCUUUCUCUCAGAAUGUUCUCUUUUUUUUCCUUUUGAACUGGAUAAUUGCAUGUGAGUUUAUUUACUUUACUGACUACGCCUUUGACAAGUGUACGUUUAUGAGGUGUUACUAAAUUGGAA